GUGAUCGACCAAACAAUGGCCGCCCCGCCUCUGCCGAGCGCGUACAUGCCCGACCUGCCGGCGGUGCCGGAGUGGCUGAACAAGGGCGACAACGCCUGGCAGCUGACGGCGGCGACGUUCGUGGGCAUCCAGUCCAUGCCGGGGCUGGUGGUGCUCUACGGCAGCAUCGUCAAGAAGAAGUGGGCCGUCAACUCGGCCUUCAUGGCGCUCUACGCCUACGCCUCCACGCUCAUCGUCUGGGUGCUGCUCGCCUUCCGCAUGGCCUUCGGCGACCGCCUCCUCCCGUUCUGGGGCAAGGCCGGCCCGGCGCUGACGGGGGACUUCCUCGUGGCGCGCGCGUCCUUCCCGGCCACGGCGCACUACGGCGCGGGCGGCGCGCUCGAGGUGGCCCCCACGCAGCCCUACUACCCGGAGGCCACGCUGGUGCUGUUCCAGUUCCAGCUCGCCGCCAUCACGCUCGUGCUGCUCGCCGGCGCGCUGCUGGGCCGCAUGAACAUCAAGGCGUGGAUGGCCUUCACGCCGCUCUGGCUCCUCCUCUCCUACACCGUCUGCGCCUUCAGCCUCUGGGGCGGCGGCUUCCUCUACCACUGGGGCGUCAUCGACUACUCCGGCGGCUACGUCAUCCACGUCUCCUCCGGCGUCGCCGGCUUCACCGCUGCCUACUGGGUGGGGCCGAGGCUGAAGAGUGACAGGGAGAGAUUCGCGCCCAACAACAUCCUGCUCAUGAUCGCCGGCGGCGGGCUGCUGUGGCUGGGCUGGGCCGGGUUCAACGGCGGCGCGCCGUACGCCCCGAACAUCAUCGCGUCCAUGGCGGUGCUCAACACCAACGUCAGCGCCGCGGCGAGCCUGCUCACGUGGACCUGCCUGGACGUCAUCUUCUUCGGCAAGCCGUCCGUGAUCGGCGCCGUGCAGGGCAUGAUGACGGGCCUCGUCUGCAUCACCGCCGGCGCAGGGCUGGUGCACACGUGGGCGGCGGUGCUGAUGGGCAUCUGCGCCGGCAGCGUGCCGUGGUUCACCAUGAUGGUCCUCCACAAGCGGUCCGCCCUCCUCCAGAAGGUGGACGACACCCUCGCCGUGUUCCACACCCACGCCGUCGCCGGGCUCCUCGGCGGCGUCCUCACGGGGCUCCUCGCCACCCCGGAGCUCACCACCCUGCACACCCACGUCCCCGGCACGCGCGGAGCCUUCUACGGCGGCGGCGUCCAGCAGGUGGGCAAGCAGCUGGCCGCGGCGCUCUUCGUUGUCGUGUGGAACGUCGUGGUCACCACCGGCAUCAUCCUCGCCGUGGGCCUCGUCAUCCCGCUGCGGAUGCCCGACGAGCAGCUCAGGAUCGGCGACGACGCGGCGCACGGCGAGGAGGCCUACGCGCUGUGGGGAGACGGCGAGCGGUUCGACGUGUCCCGCCGCGCGGCAGCGAGGGCCACCGAGGUCGGCGACCAGUCGGUCGACCAGCGUCUGGCAGCCAUGGGAGCUAGAGGCAUCACCGUUCAGUUGUAGUAGAAGCUGGUGCCCGUUGUUCUUUCUUCAAGGGCAGUUGUAGUAGAACUGUAGAAGCUGGUGACUAGGCAACACAGAAGGGAUAUUCGUAGUUCAAUCUUUUGCCAAUUUCAGAAGGGAUAUUUGUAAUUUCCUACAAUAUGCAACGGAGUUUUUAGUUUUUACAUGGGCUCUGCUCUUCGCUCUGCCAAUUCAGUUUUUGCCCUUCUUUCUAGAUUAAAUGCAGUUAUACAUCUCAA